AUGGAAGAUCUUACAACAAGUUGGAAUCACCUUUCUUUGUCUGAGAAAGAGGGUCCAGGAUGUUGCCUAACAAGUGAACUCAAGUGUCAAGAAUACAUCAUCGCAGCGAAGUUUCUCACAAAACGAACGAUGAACAUGGAUGCCAUUGCACAAACUUUCAACCCACUAUGGCGAACAAGGAAUGACUUUAAAAUACAAAACCAAGGCGACCACAUGGUUCUUUUCAUCUUUGAAGAUAAGGCAGACAUGGAACGGGUCCUCAUGAGCGAACCUUGGAGUUUCGACAAACACUUGAUUAUUAUGCAACGGUAUGUGAAGGAUACUCCACUUACGGUUUCAAGUUUUAACAAAAUUGCCUUUUGGGUCCAGGUGCAUAACAUCCCCAUACGAUACAUGAACAUGGCAGCAGCAGAAAAAAUUUGUGAAGUCCUUGGCGAGGUGGUACGAGGUCUAGAAAGUUCCGUCAAUGAGAGAGGAAAUUUUAUUCGAGUUAGGGUCAUGAUGGACGUAUCAGUGCCUAUCUCUCGUGGUCGUGUUGUUACACUUGAAAAAGGAGAGCAAGUUUGGGUGAAUUUCAAAUACGAAAGACUACCUAACAUUUGCUAUUGGUGUGGAAGCUUUGAGCAUGACGACAAAGACUAUGAAAUCUGGAUUGACAGUGAUGGCUCCCUCCUGCCAGGGCAAAAACAAUUCGGUCCACACCUAAGGGCUGCAGCCUUUGGGACAGCAAGGAAGAACGUGGUGUAUGUCCCAGGCUUUUACAAAUCAAAAAAGAAACAAUGCAGAAAUCCACAGUUUUCGAUGAGUAGUAGCACUCAACGGUGA